AUGACAGCAAUUGCUGCAAUCAGUUGUGCUUUCUUAUUUUCCAUUCUCUAUGAAACAAGUGCAUUAGUGUUACCCAACUCUACUGACCUACUCCUGGCAGACAAUAAUUUCACUGACAUUGAGACGGCUUUGGCAGCUCAUCUGGAUUCUGCAAAAAUUCCCAAAGCCAGGCGGAAACGCUACAUUUCACAGAAUGACAUGAUUGCCAUUCUUGAUUAUCAUAAUCAAGUCAGAGGCAAAGUCUUCCCACCUGCUUCCAACAUGGAAUAUAUGGUUUGGGAUGAAACUCUUGCCAAAUCAGCAGAGGCUUGGGCUGCUACAUGCAUUUGGGACCACGGGCCUUCAUACUUACUGAGAUUCUUGGGACAGAACUUAUCUGUAAGAACUGGAAGGUAUCGAUCUAUUCUCCAGCUGGUAAAGCCAUGGUACGAUGAGGUGAAGGACUAUGCUUUCCCUUAUCCUCAGGAUUGCAACCCAAGAUGCCCCAUGCGAUGUUAUGGACCUAUGUGCACCCAUUACACACAGAUGGUUUGGGCCACUUCCAAUCGUAUAGGCUGCGCAAUCCACACAUGCCACAAUAUGAACGUCUGGGGAUCAGUUUGGCGACGAGCUGUUUACUUGGUAUGCAACUAUGCCCCAAAAGGGAACUGGAUUGGAGAAGCACCAUAUAAAGUGGGAGUCCCCUGUUCAGCUUGUCCUCCAAGCUACGGAGGUUCUUGCACUGACAAUCUUUGUUUCCCAGGAGUAACAUCAAACUACUUGUAUUGGUUUAAAUAA